UGUGGUAGUCUGUCUCUGCAGGUGGUGAGCAAUGGCAGGUAUGCAAAGCCUGGUUGAGCGGUUGGAGAAGGCUGUGGAACGCUUGGAAACUGUGUCCCAAAGCCGUGAUCUGUAUGGAGAUGGCUCUUCUGAAGGAAUAGCUCAGUUUGUGCAAGCUUUUGAUGCUCUCCUGUCUGGUCCAGUAGCAGAAUAUAUGAAGAUCAGCAAAGACAUUGGUGGUGAUGUUCAGAAACAUGCUGAAAUGGUCCAUAAGGGCCUGAUGAUUGAGAGGGGUCUCCUGGUGACCGCAUCACAAUGUCAGCAGCCAUCAGCGAAUAACUUCUCCACACUCCUAAAACCCAUUUCGGAACAAAUCCAGGUGGUGCAGCACUUCCGGGAGAAAAAUCGUGGCAGCAAACUGUUCAAUCACCUAUCGGCUGUCAGUGAGAGCAUCCCGGCACUGGGCUGGGUGGCUAUGGCCCCAAAGCCUGGCCCCUAUGUGAAGGAAAUGACGGAUGCAGCCAUGUUUUACACCAACCGGGUCCUCAAGGAAUAUAAGGAUGUAGAUAAGAAGCAUGUGGACUGGGUGAAAGCUUAUCUGAGUAUCUGGGCGGAGCUGCAGGCAUACAUCAAAGAGUAUCACACCACUGGACUGACCUGGAGCAAAACAGGUCCUAUAGCAAAAGAGAUGGGUGCACCUACAGUACAUUCAACUGGUGCUGCUCCUCCUCCACCUGGACCUCCUCCGCCUCCUGCUCCAGUCCCCACACACACUGGUACAGAUGACUCUGCUUCCCGCUCAGCGCUAUUUGCCCAGAUCAAUCAGGGAGAAGGCAUUACUUGUGGCUUGAAACAUGUCUCAGAUGAUAUGAAGACGCACAAAAAUCCAGGGCUAAAGAAUCAAAGUGGCUCUGUCCGAACAGGACCCAAACCUUUCAUUGUUCCUAAACCAGCCUGUGCUGCUAGCUCACCAAAAAUAUCAUCCCCAAAGAAGGAACCACCGAUGCUAGAGCUGGAGGGCAAGAAGUGGAGAGUGGAAAACCAGGAGAAUGCCUCCAACCUGGUGAUCCGUGACACAGAGCUGAAGCAGGUAGCAUAUAUUUACAAGUGCAUGAGCAGUACACUCCAAAUCAAAGGCAAAAUCAACUCUAUCACAGUGGAUAACUGUAAGAAGUUAGGCCUGGUGUUUGAUGAUGUGGUAGGCAUUGUGGAGAUCAUAAACUGCAGGGACGUUAAAAUUCAGGUAAUGGGUAAAGUGCCAACAAUUUCCAUCAAUAAGACAGAUGGCUGCCAUGUGUAUCUGAGCAAGAGCUCUCUAGACUGUGAGAUUGUUAGUGCCAAGUCUUCAGAAAUGAACGUCCUCAUCCCCACAGAGAGUGGUGACUUUAGCGAGUUUCCUGUCCCUGAACAGUUCAAGUCCCUGUGGAAUGGGCAGAAGCUGGUUACCAGCGUGACGGAAAUUGCUGGCUAAGCAGAAUGGCAUUGCAGCUUGUGCCUCUCCUUGCCCUAGCUGUGGGACAAAUCUGCUUUCAGAUGAUUCUCUUAGAUUUCCUGUACCUUUCUGCUCUCAAACUGCUUCUGUCUUCUACCUGAGACACAGCUACCUGCCUUCACUGAAAUACCUCGGGCUGGGAUUUGGUGUAGGGUGGCGGGUCAGUUGAUCUUCUGCAGGAAGGUGCAUCAUCCCCCUCUUGUCAAAUCUAACUGCACCAUCAAUCACGUCUGACUUCUGGUGAACUUCAGAGCCAGGUUUGGUGGCUGGCGUUCAGAUCGUUACAUUGGUUUGUUUUGUGUUCUCUUCAGACAAAUUGCUCAUGUGAGAAAGGAACGCUGCCCCUCUUUGAAUCCAAAUAAGGGUGUCCUCCCAAUGUGGUAAGUUGAGCUGGCAGGUGUGUUUCAGGAAGGAACUGGGAGCUGCUACUAACUCCAGCUAUGUGUACUAAUCAGUGGCAUUACAAGAUGCAGAGAAUGGCUUUGCUGGACCAAAGGCUGUGGAUUGGCCAUGUAGCAAUUCCACCUUGACUUUCCCAUUCAACAUUCCUAUUUGCUCUAUGUAAUUCUCUUUGUGCCAUGGUGGGAAGAUUUGCAGUAAACAGGUGCCACAGAAGAUUGCAUUGGAGUAAAUGAUCCAUUCUGCAGUCUGUCCAGGUAGCAGCUGAAGUGUCCACUUCCCUAUGAGCCCUUCUCCACAAGGGAUCUUUACCCAAAGGGUUCCUUCUAAGCCGCUGAACUCUCAAGUUCAGUCUUCCAUGACAGUUCUUGUGAACCUGUCUCCUUGCUAGCAAGGGAUGCUUUUUAUUCAUUCCAAAUUCAGUAUUUGUUUUGUAAACAAGAGUUCAACUAAAUCAGGUCCGUUCAUCCUUGCUCAUGUUUAGUUGCUAUAGAAUGUGAAACUAUUCUCAGCCUCUUCUCCUUCCCUUAUUGCUUGGCUCUUUACUCGGCUGGAGGCAUGCCAUCUCUGUUCCAGGGCCUACACUGACCCAUCAAGGGAGCUGCACGUGCUUGAUCUUUGAGUUUCCCUGCCUCUGGUGGCACAAGCAUAUCUGACUGCAUUUCCUCUAUACAUUGUGAGUGAUUUUUUUUUCUCUAGGAUGAAACUCGCAAAAUAUGCAAUUUUUUUUAAAUUUUGAGACUGUCUGUAACUUGUACUCUUCUUCUCCUGAGGCUUGUGGAAAAAACCUUUAUGUACUUAAAAUUAUACAGAAGGUAGAAUAAAGUUCAUGCCAACCUGCUCA